AUGACUUGGCCUGACGUCCCUACCAAGCCCGCCGAGGGCGUCUCGUUCUUCACGCCGGCGCAAAACCCACCGGCCGGCACGGCGCGCAACCCGCAAACCAGCGGCAAGCCCAUUCCGAAACUCUUUCAGCCCCUGACCGUCCGAGGCUUGACGUUCCAAAACCGCUUAGGCGUGGCGCCCAUGUGCCAAUACAGCGCUGAUAACGGCCACAUGACCCCCUGGCACAUGGCUCACUACGGUGGCAUUGCCAUGCGUGGGCCCGGCAUGAUCAUUAUCGAAGCUACCGGCGUUCUCCCCGAGGGCCGGAUCACCCCUCACUGUGUCGGUCUGUGGCAGGACUCGCAGAUUGCCCCGAUGAAGGAGGUGAUCGAGUUCGCCCACAGCCAGGGCCAGAAGAUCGGUGUGCAGCUCGCACACGCCGGCCGUAAGGCUUCGACCGUUCCGCCUUGGCUGGGCGGUGUCACUGCUACCAAUGCUGUUGGCGGCUGGACCGACAACGUGAAGGGUCCCAGCCCGAUUCCAUUUGCCGAAGGCGACAUUGUGCCUAAGGAGCUCACUAAGGCCGACAUUCAGGAGGUCAAGGACGCGUGGGCGGCUGCGGCGCGCCGUGCGGUGGCGGCCGGAGUCGAUUUCAUUGAGAUCCACAAUGCUCACGGGUACCUGCUUUCUUCGUUCCUGAGCCCCUCCUCCAACAAGCGCACGGAUGAGUAUGGUGGCAGCUUUGAGAACCGCAUUCGUCUCUCUUUGGAGAUUGCCCAGAUCACCCGUGACACCGUCGGGCCAGACAUGCCUGUUUUCCUGCGUGUCUCGGCUACCGACUGGCUUGAGACUAGCUUGCCCGAGGAGAAGGGCUGGAAGCUCGAGGACACAGUCGAAUUUGCGCGUGCGCUCGCUGAGCAGGGCGCCGUUGACUUGAUUGAUCUCAGCAGCGGUGGUGUUCACCCUGCGCAGAAGAUUAAGAGUGGACCCGGCUUCCAGGUCCCCUUUGCGACUGCCGUGAAGAAGGCGGUCGGUGACAAGCUGCUUGUGGCUGCCGUUGGCACCAUCACCAAUGGCGUGCAGGCAGAGAAGAUUCUGAACGAGGACAGCGUCGAUGUGAUCCUCGUCGGCCGUCUGUUCCAGCGCGACAGUGGCUUGGCCUGGGCCUUUGCAAACGACCUUGGUACUGAGAUUGCUAUGGCUGGACAAAUCCGCUGGGGCUUUACUUCCUUCAGAAACGCUUCUGAGUACAUUAAUCCCAGCGCUUACAAGAAGGACAUCUUCAGCUAA